UGAAGUCAGCAUGGACAUGAAUUUGUCAGCGCGUUGUGCUUUGGUUCUUUCUCUGUUGGCAUUUGUACAUUUGAAAAUAGUCUCUGCUGCAGAAACGGGAGGCAUAUCUACAGCAAAGCCUGGAGUGUGCCCUCGUAGACGAUGGGGCAUAGGGAUAUGUGCAGAGUUAUGUUCCAAGGACAGUGACUGCCCCAAUGAUGAAAAAUGCUGUCACAACGGAUGUGGGCAUGUCUGCAUUGCACCUUACACAGCAAAGCCUGGAAUGUGCCCUCGUAGACGAUGGGGCGUGGGGACGUGUGCGGAGUUAUGUUCCGAUGACAGUGACUGCCCCAAUGAUGAAAAAUGCUGCCACAAUGGAUGUGGGCAUGUCUGCAUUGCACCUUACACAGUGCCGGUCCUCCUGAAGGCAGGUCAGUGCCCGCUGCUUCUGAAAGUCGUUCCGUCACACAAGGGAUGUGUCCGCGAUGAGGACUGUCCUAAAGAUGACAAAUGCUGCGUCUUUCACUCUGAUGCCUUGUGUGUCCCACCUGACUUCA